UAGAUUAUAUGUAAACAUAAAAUCUGUCACUUUAAUUGUGCAAGGUGGUGUUUUUUUUAAUGUUCAGAUACAUUUUCUGCCCGUAUCUUCUGAAUGUUUCAGACAUUCUGUUCAUUAGUUUUUCUCCCUUGAUUCUAAAGCUAAUGAUCCAGAGCAUGGAUGGUGGGUGAGGGUGAGCAGGACAGCGCUAUUGGGUGUUGUGGGAAUUUAUAGUAUUGCAAUUAUUACUCCUCUCACUGUACAGUGAUUAAAAUCUGCAAGAACAAAAGAGCAGGAAAAUCAGUGUAAUUUCUGAGAGUUCUGGCAUAACAAAUCCUCUUUCAGAACUGCUGCAUAUCGCUGGUAUAUCUACAACACUGAUAUAUAUUUUUCUACUUUUCUUAGGGAUAUGUUGAAUUUCUUGAAUUCAAAGACAAUAAUUUAAAUGAAAGGGAUGAUCUCGGAAAAGACACCCACUAAUUUCAUUUAAAUGUUUUCUAGUUGCCAUAAUGAAUAUUUAGAAGCUGGUAAAUAAAAGGAAAACAACAACUCCUAAUCCAGUUGUUCUUACUUCCAGCUGAUCUUUAAGACAGCAGUUUAUAGACACUACUAAGACUGGAUGGAAAUGGUUUUGAGCUUCUAUGUGGAUUGAACAGCUGUUAAGAUUAAGGAGGGAUAACUAGAUAAUUGCAGCCACAUGAUAACUAGACAGGGAGAAAGGAAGGUGCCAGGACACAGCCUCAAAAUAGUUUUGCAGGAGGGGACCACAGCUCAGCAGGAUAGCACAUUCUUUGCAUUAAGAAUUCCCAGUUCCCAGGUUCAAUCCCAGGCAUCUCCAGAUAAAAAGAUCAAGGGGAUGGGAAAUACUCCCAUCUAAGAACUUGGAGAGCUGCUGCCAGUCAAAGAAUACAAUAUUAGUCGGUGAAAUAUACUCGGAGUCGCAUAGUUAUUUCAUACUCUUUAUUGCAGCUCGAAAACAGUAAGUGAAUUCCCCCCCCCAAACCUCUGGCUUUAUAUACAUUAUUUACACAAUGGGUCCCGCCUGAUUGGCUGAUUCUGCUUCCCUCCUGGAGCCUGAUUGGGCUGCUUCCGCAGGCCAAUCAGGUUGUUGCAUUCUAGGAUCCUACCUGCCUAUUGUUCUAGGAUCCAAGCUUAGAACAUAACAGUGGACAAAUAGUCUGAUUUGGUAUAAGUCAGCUUCUUGUGUAGUGAGAAUAAUGGCCUGCCUGAUACUGUUCUCAUGUUGAAAAUAAAAUCUAUUGAGCUUCCUUUGGGUUAUAAAUUACAGCCAAUUCAUAUAAUAUCGUGAAUGUUGUGAACACUCCUGUAGUGGAGAGUGAGUUGAUGGCUUUAACAGGAGCUGGGAGUAGCCCAAGGAUAUUGUACUACAAGUUCCAUUGACCUCAGUAUGACUUACUUCUGAGUAAACAUGAUUAAGAGUGCCUGGUAAGAGUGUGAUGUAUGAUUUUGCAAAAUAAGUAUAAAAAGGAAAUGGAUUUAGGUAGUUUCAGAACACCACAAUUAUUUAUCUGCGUGUUUAGCAUAAGGAUUGAUUUAGUACCAAGUAAUGUAAAAGCGCAUGAAAUGUGGCUGACAUUUGAAAAGAUAAAACAGCUUUGAUUUUAUCUAGAACCAGACAGAUCAUAUGGCUUACAAAAAUAAAUAAAUACAUUUUUGGUAGGGUUCUGUCAUACUAUGACUUUUAACUAUCAUGCCCUGUGGGCAUUGCAGGGGCUGAACUAGAUUAUCCUCGGGGUCUCUUCCAAUUCUACAGUUCUAUGAAAUGCCUGCCAUAAGCUAUAGUUUAUGGUUUGCUGUUUCUGAAAGUGAAGUUUUGAGUCAGGCAUGUGACUGACAGUGCAGUUCUCUACACAGAAGUACCGUAAGCCCAACUGGGUUCAGUGUGAGGUACUCUCAGGUAACUUUGUACAGUUUGGUAUUGCAACCCAUGCUUUCAAAGAGAACGGCACUGUAUCAUUCAAGCAAAUGGAAGCCUUGCAUUGAUGGAGGAAGAGGAAUGAGACAGGAUCAACCCCCACCCCCCGGGCUUUCCACACCACCAUCUGGUCAUAUGCUUUGAGAAAAGCCUGAAUUCUCCCCAGUCAAACAGAAAUGCUUUUAAAUAAAAAGUGUCUAAGGUCAUUAUGUUUAGUUCAUGAAUCAUACUCCUUAAAAGGCAAUAAAUGCAUAAUAGGGAGAUAUAGAACAAUUCACGGCGUGAUUUAAAGAAGAAGAAAAGCAGCGCCUCAGCCCAUCAAUUCAGAGGGAGAAAAAAGUCUCAAGAGAAUAAUAUAAUGUUUUAUAACAUCUGCCUGGAAUGACCUGUUUUAAAUAAAAGCACGGCUGGUGACUACGGCCAGUUGUUCAGCUAAAGUUUACUAAGUGAGGGGUUUUUAGGGAAUAUGAUGUAAGUAAUAUAAAAUGUAUAGCCCAGAAUCAGCACAGCUUGCAAUCCUCUUCCCCCUUCCAGCAUUCUUUUUUUCAAGGAUAUGUUUUAUUUCUCUUUAUUGAAUACUUUUCCCAAGAGGCACAACAUGAGUAAUGCAAUAUAUUUAUAUUAAAAACAGCCAGCUUUCGUUUUUCCCAUGAUUAAAAAACCCCCACCCUUCGCUCCACCAAAAUGGGUUCUAGGAACACAUUAACAUACAUUAAGCACUGCACAGGUGGAAAUCUGCAGGUUUGCAUAGAAAUAUGAUAAUUACCUAGAAGCCUCACCUCUGAGCAUACAGUAACCUGGAGCAUCAUUAAGAUGUGGCUUCUUUAAGGAUGGUGAUUCCUGGUUUGCAGGAAGUGCACUUUUCAUGGCAGCAAGUAAACACGAAUCCUGGGGAACAGUUGUUUGUUCUUUUGCAACAAGCAUCUGGCUUUGUUUGUAGAGGAUUUAAGCCAUGUAGCCAAGGAAUCUAGGAGUUCUGUGGGUGUUACCUUUACUACAUUGCAUGAGUUCCAUUGCAUGAGAUAAGAAGCAGGUUUAAAUGAUGCAAAAGCACAUUCCUGAAAUCUAUGUUUAAGAAGGGGCUGAAUCCUGGAAUUUAAGCAGCAUGGUUGCAAGAAGAAGCUACUGCUUGUAAGUAUGGAACCCAAAACUGAUGGCAGCCACCUCCGCAUUUAAUUAAUGCAGACCAUAAGGCACAAUGCAACAUACGGCAUAUAUGAUACCAAGGUAGUUUUAUGGAGAGGGGGGAUCUAAAACACCUGGCUUCAGUCAAACACAGUUGAAAAGAUCUUAUUAAGAUCACAGCCACACCAUACAUUUGAAGCACUCAGAUGCUACUUCAACAGCCAUGGUUUCCCUCAAAGAAUCAUAGGAACUGUAGUUUGUUAAGGGUGCUGAGAGUUAGCAGAACUGGGAAUUACAAAACCACUUUUUAGUGCUCAUUCGGAGCAAACGGCAAUCUACCAGACUGUUGACAUUUGCUCUAAUUUAGCACUGAAGAAUGUGUUUUCCCUGGGAAAGGAGUGGGUCAAGGGGAAAACCUCUUGAACUCACUCUUUCUAUUCAUGGGACAAGUGGAAGUGGGGAUAAGCCCUAAGUGUUGCAGUAGUAAGUCCUUUGUGUUUGGCCAACCAAGUCUGAGCUUUUGAGCAGCAUGAAAUACAGCUUAGGUGGAUAAAUAGGUGUUUGGUUGCUCCUGAUCUAGUUCUUAAUUAUUUAUUUAUUGUUUAUACAGUAAUGCGUGAUUUGUUUUUAUUACUGCAAUCUGCUUAGCGUUGUCACAGGAAGGUAGGGGGGAAAUAAAGAAUCAAAUCUGUCAAGAAAAAUACCUCUGGCGGAAAUUAAACAGAUGAAAACUGAUAGCUCACUCGAUAGAGCAUGGCACUCUUGAUCUUGAGGUCAUGGGUUUGAGUCCCAUGUUGGGCAAAAGAUUCCUGCAUUGCAGGGGGGUUGGACUAGAUGACCCUUGUGGUCCCUUCCAACUCUACGAUUCUAUGAUUCUUUUUGCUAGCAUGAAGACGCAUUGAAGGGGGAAGUGCUCUGAUUCAUCUUCUAAAUUGCAGCUGUUAAAAAUAAGGGUGUGUGGAAAAGUUUAAUUUCAGAUGAUGUUACCAAACUUCCAGAAAGGCGGUAUAUCUACCUACACCGUAGCUUGGGGAAAAUGCAUAUCACCAUGUCUUUCUUCACGGGUCAUGUGAAUGUACACCAAAUGACAUUUAAUUCAAUGACAGUGUAACCCAGAUUUAGCUGCUGUAGGAUGACCCCCUGGAGACUCAUAAAGUGGCUGAUUCUAUAUAAAUCAGAACUUGUUUGUAGAGUGAUGCUGUUAGUCCAACAGCAAUCUCAUACCCUCAAGCAUUAUGUCACAGCUGUCUCUUAAAUACACAACAAUUGUAGACUGGAUUUUCAGUGUUGUUUUUUUUUAAAUUGCAACCCAGUUUUUUUCUGAGUUAAAAGCAGACUUUGGGCAUGUAAAUUCCUAAGAUAGUUAACCUAGUGUCUAUUUAGGAGAUGUAUAGCAACUAUAAUAAACAGUCUCUAGAAGAGAGCAUACUCUUCCUGUAAUUUUUAGGUGGAGGGGAUCAUUUCAGCUUCCAUUGUCCUUUGUGCUGCAUUUAGGAUGGGAAUCUAUAAUAAAUAAAUAAUGGUUUUACAGUACUUUACUUUCAUGCUGUGUGAUUUCAGCUCCUUAGGCUGAUUCUGAAAGGAUUGCAAUUGCAGCUUGAACACAUGUUGAAUGGAACUGGCUGGAGUUCAAUUAGUUUGGAAGGGGGGGAUUUUGGGGGGAGGAUGAGAAUACACUUCUAUUGUACCUACUCUCCCCCAAGCCUUUCUCUAGCCACUGUUUUCCUUUGCUUUCUGAAGUAGUGAGGCUCCACCCCCCCUCACUGCCCAAAGUUAAAUCUGCACAAUAAUGAACCAUAUAAGGGAGGGAUGACAUCAUCAGUGAGUGGUCCCAAGCUGUUUUGCACAACAUUCACCUUUCAUUGUUCUGAUGACAUGGCUGGAAUGUGAUGGCUAAUUCCCUGUAGAGCAGGGGCUAAGCAGGGCCUGCAGACUAACAAACUCUUGCAAAGAGAGGCAGGGAGGGGGAUCGAAAGUGCUCCUCAUUAGGAGAAGAUUAAAGAAGCUUCUUGAACAGGAAAAGAUCUACCAAGCCCGAAAGGAAAAAGAGCAUGCAAAAAGGCUCAACAAGCUAAGAGAAGAAUUGGUCAAACUUAAGUCAUUUGCACUCAUGCUUGUGGAUGAAAGACAGAUGCACAUUGAACAACUGGAUCAGCAAACCCAGAAAAUACAAAAUCUAACUCAAAAACUAAGGGAAGAAGAAGAGAAACUUAAGAUUCUGGGUACCAAAGGAAAAGAGGAUGGUCAGAAGCUAAUGAAGCUAGAGGCAGAACUUGAACACAAGACAUCCUCCUUUUCCCAAGAGCAUGAGGAGAUGACUGCCAAAUUGGCUAGCCAAGAGUCGCACAAUAAACAGCUCAGGCUGAAACUGGCUGGUUUAACCCGGAGAAUUGAGGAGCUGGAAGAAACCAACAAAAACCUUCAGAAGACUGAAGAAGAGCUUCGGGAACUGAGAGACAAAAUAGCCAAAGGGGAAUGCGGGAACUCCAGCUUGAUGGCUGAGGUGGAAAACCUCCGCAAGCGGGUGCUUGAGAUGGAAGGCAAAGACGAGGAGAUCACAAAGACUGAAUCUCAGUGUAAGGAGCUUAAAAAGAAACUACAAGAAGAGGAGCAUCACAGCAAAGAACUGAGGCUUGAGGUGGAGAAACUGCAGAAGAGAAUGUCUGAACUGGAAAGGUUGGAGGAGGCUUUCAACAAAAGCAAAUCCGAAUGCACUCACCUGCGUUUGAACCUGGAGAAAGAAAAGAACUUAGCCAAAGACUUGAUCAAUGAGUUGGAAGUGGUGAAGACACGAGUGAAGGAUCUUGAGUCUUCAGAGAGUAAGUUGGAGAAAGCUGAAUUAAACUUGAAAGAUGACCUGACAAAGCUGAAGUCUUUUACCGUCAUGCUGGUCGAUGAGAGAAAGAACAUGGUGGAUAAGAUUAAGCAGGAAGAGAGAAAAGUUGAAAGCUUGAAUAAGAACUUUAAGGUGGAGCAAGGCAAAGUUAUGGAAGUGACUGAGAAACUAAUAGAUGAGAGCAAAAAACUGUUGAAGUUGAAAUCUGAAAUGGAGGAGAAAGUGUCCAGCUUAACAAAGGAAAGGGAUGAGUUAAUUGGCAAGCUGAAGAGUGAGGAAGAAAAGUCCGCUGAGCUGAACUGCAAAGUGGAUCUGCUGAAGAAAAGGAUUGAUGGCAUAGAGGAGGUAGAAAGGGAAAUAGCCAGAGGCCACGUUAAAAAGGGGACUGGGCUUACUGGACAAGAGGACAACAAAAUUAAAGAGCUAACAGUUGAAAUUGAAAGACUGAAGAAGCGUCUCAAGCAAUUGGAAAUUGUUGAAGGAGACUUGAUGAAGACGGAGGAUGAAUAUGAUCAGCUAGAGCAAAAAUUUAGGACUGAGCAGGAUAAAGCUAACUUUCUUUCUCAGCAGCUGGAAGAAAUGAAGCUCCAGAUUGCAAAAAACAAAGCAAUAGAGAAGGGAGAGGCAGUGACUCAGGAGGCAGAGCUGAGGCAAAGGUUUCGACUGGAAGAGGCGAAAAGCAGAGACUUGAAAGCAGAAGUGCAGGCUCUUAAAGAGAAAAUUCAUGAGCUGAUGAACAAAGAAGACCAGCUUUCUCAGCUCCAAGUGGAUUACUCAGUCCUUCAGCAAAGGUUUAUGGAAGAAGAAAAUAAGAACAAAGCCAUAGCCCAGGAGGUGCUGAAUCUGACGAAAGAGCUUGAGCUGUCUAAACGCUACAGCCGUGCCCUGAGACCCAGCAUGAAUGGGAGAAGGAUGGUAGAUGUGCCUGUUACAUCCACUGGAGUACAAACUGAUGCAGUAAACAGCGAAACAGCAGAAGAGGAGACACCCGCUGUGUUCAUAAGGAAAUCCUUCCAGGAGGAGAACCACAUUAUGAGCAAUCUUCGACAGGUUGGGCUCAAAAAGCCCAGCGAGAGGUCAUCUGUGCUUGACAGAUAUCCUCCUGCAGCAAAUGACCUCACCAUGAGAAAAUCCUGGAUCCCAUGGAUUAAAAAAAGAGAAAAUGGCUCUCAGGUGACUCCAGAAAAAGGAGCCAGAAUACAAACCAGUCCAGAGCGUCCUGGGGAGGUUGUCCUUUCUCCAAAGCAAGGGCAGCCUCUCCACAUUCGGGUAACUCCAGAUCACGAGAACAGCACAGCUACUCUGGAGAUUACUAGUCCAACUGCUGAAGAUUUCUUCUCCAGCACCACCGUUAUCCCAACUCUGGGGAAUCAGAAACCACGGAUUACUAUCAUUCCCUCUCCUAACGUCAUGUCCCAAAAAGGGAAAGGGGGUGAGAGCCCAGCGGGCCCAGAGCGAGCCAUGUCUCCAGUAACUAUAACUACUUUCUCCAGAGAGAAAUCUUCAGAGAGCCCAAAGUCUCCAUUCAUGGAAAGACCUGUGUCACCAAUUCAAAUAAUGACAGUGUCUACCUCGGCAGCACCUGCAGACAUUACCAUGUCUCCAGAAUCGCAGGACAUGACCAUGGGGAGGGCUGUGUUUAGAGUGACGCCAGAAAAACAAACUGUCCCAACUCCCGUCCGAAAGUACAAUGCCAACACGAACAUUAUAACGACCGAGGACAACAAAAUUCACAUCCACUUAGGGUCUCAGUUUAAACGCUCGCCUGGCACUUCUCAAGAAGGAGCAAGCCCUGUGAUAACGGUCAGGCCUAUGAAUGUAGCAGCAGAGAAGGAGGUGAUGACUGGGACUGUCCUCCGUUCCCCCAGGAAUAACAUAUCCUCAAGGCCUGGAGCAAGCAAAGUGACAAGUACCAUCACUAUAACUCCAGUUACUACGUCAUCCACACGAGGAACACAGUCCAUGACAGGACAGGAUGGGUUAUCCCAGAGACCUACACCCACCCGAAUCCCUGUAUCUAAAGGUAUGAAAGCCGGGAAGCCAGUAGUGACAGCCCCAGGAUCAGGAAACCAGACCAAAUUCGAGCCUCGAGCCGAGACUCAGUCUAUGAAAAUAGAACUGAAGAAGUCUUCAGCCAGUAGCUCUGCCUCCCUUGGUGGGGGGAAGGGCUGAGGGCAGUGGCUAAGGGGGUAUGUUCUGCAGGUUUUACUGCUACCAUGGAAAUAAGCCCCCUGUCCUGUUUAGUUGUUAGUGUUUGCACAUACUAAUUAAGUCUGCUGAAGCUGUCACUUCUACUAAUGCAUGCAUGUCUUACCUAUUGAAUGUAAUAAUCCCCUCUUCCUUUCCUCUCUGCUAAGUAAAAAAAAGAAACCCUCCUUUUUUAAAAUAAUAAUAAUAAUGGUCUAGUCCAGCAAGUUCUAAAAUGGGGCUGCUGUUAAGAUUUACCUCUUUCAAGCAGCUGGCCUUGUCCCCCUUAUUUUGCUCCACAUGAUCAUUUUAGUCAGUAGUUUGCCAGUAAAAUUGAGCACUUUACUCCUUUUCAAAGCCACAUCUAUCUAGUUUGAACUGUUCUGAGAUAGCAAUAGGCAACAUACAAAUGCCUCAUUUAAACACAACAGGUAUCGUUCCUGCACUGCAGGAGAGGUUAGGAGUGUAUUCUAGGUGUAGAUCAUUAGGAUUUUUGAUCUUGCAGAUCUUUUUAUUCCCAAACUCAGGUUGGACCUAACUGAAGGCUCAGCAAAAUCUAUUAAAUCAUUCUUGUUCAUGCCAAUGGUUAAAAUUUGCGGCAAGUGAACAACCUUAUAUUUAUGCCUUCUACCUUUUGAUCUGGGAUGGUCCUAAUGUCAGCAUGUUGGCAGGGGUGAGAGAGAGGUCCUGCUGGCAGACUUUACUUAGAGAGAGAGAUUAUAUCUAAAACAAUGAAUAUGUUUGUGCCUCAAGAUCACACCUGUAUUUAUCUUGUCAACACCUGGACUUAGGGACAUCUGGCCAAACUGUGUGUCUUCUGCCUGCAUUGGAGUGCUUUGCUUUUAUUUCUGAAAGCAUGCUUUGAGAGUGGAAUUUCAUGUGAAUAAGACUGGCUGCCAUUAUAACUGUGUUUGUCUGUUAGAACCCCAACUGUUUAUGAGCAUUUCUGUUGAAGGAAGGAAACAGCUACAACCAAAACUCUUAACCUCUGGCGGAGGUGACUUGACAUGAAAAAUCUUCUGCCAAGCUGCACUUUUCCCUUUCUUUUCUUCCUUUUUGCUUUGUAACGAUCUAGUUGAAUGACCUGCGGAAAUUCAGCAACAAAUUCCUCAAUGGCUCCAUUCUGGAGGAAAGGGGGAAAGUAUGCACAGUACCAAAAACGACCUCUGUGCAACCAGUGACAAUAAAAAGGAUGAAGUGCUUAAAGCAGAGUGGAUGGAUUUGUCCAUUAGGAGACGAAACUGAACUGCAGAGAUUGUGUAGUUUAAAAGUAGUCUGAGGUCUAUAAAAGGAAGACUGCCAUUAAUGGCUGUAAGUAAAAUAUGAAUGAAGGAAUGAAUUUUAGGUCAAAUAGUGUCAUUAACUAUACCUUGGUCUGCUAAGGGCCACAAGUAUUGAGUUUUUUAAAACAACAACUCUAGUGCAAGGACAGUGCAAGGCUUUCCUCUCCAGAUGUUGGUGAACUCCCAACUCCCCACCCGGUAUGGGGAAUAGGCCAGGGUUAUGGCAGUUGUAGUCUGACAACAUCUGGAAGGCUACAGGUCCCUCAUCCCUGUCUAGUGGAACAGAAUUUUCUUCUUCUUCACUAGUAUGUUUAUGGGCUGAAGUGUUUUGCUGGCAUUUCAGAUUCCAGGUGGGUAGCUGUAUUAGUUUGUUGCAGCCCUGAGGCACCUUUAUCCAUGGUGGAAGCUUUCAUGGGCCAGGCAGACACUACUUCAUCAAAUUGUGCUCUGACCUACAAAAAGCUUAUGCCACAAUAAAUGGGUUUUUUUGGUCUUUGAGGUGCCACAGAUCUUCGCUGACAUUUCGGUUUACUCUUCUAGCCUUUACCUGCAUCAAUAGCAAAUGCCCAUUAUGAGAAGGAGUGAGGGAUGUGUGACUUGUAUAUUACAAUGAUACAACCUGUCCUAGCCAGCGCCAACCAAGUGCCAAGCUUGGAAGGGGGCGUUUCUCUCUCUUUUCCUGCCUUCCCUCCUCACGUGUGCACACAAUAGCUGACUUAACAAUGCUUUCCACUUUUUCCUUCUGUGGUAAGACUGGGGCAGAGCCAGCUGCUUUUCUGUCUCUCCAGCCAGGAGCAGAGAGAAUGCUGCUUUAUGCCAGAAUUUUCUUAAUGCAAUGAAUGGAAGGAAUGACAAAGUGUGUACAAAUGAUUAAUGCAAUCCUUCCUCCUCCUCCUCAAAAAAGGGGUGGGGUGGGGGAAAUAACUCACUUCUACCUCCGUCUUCCCCUCUCCUCCCACCUUCAUAUUUGUUUCUGGGUCAGGAAAAAAAGUGUGACAGAGUGAAAGAAUCCAGGAAUGGGCUUUUAGCGACAUCAGCAGCAAAAUGCCCCUUAUUAGAAUGAGUCAGGUAUAUGUGGCUUGUAUGUUACAAUGACGUAUCCUGUCCCAGCCAGUGCCAAGCUCAAGCAAAGCUUUUCUUUAUCCUUAGGAGUGAAUGACAGCCAUUCACUUACAUGGGAAAUAGGAAAGAAGUGCAUUCAGGUGGUGACUAAACCCUGCUCCCUACACCCAAUCAUUUGAAAAGUUUCUAUCCAUGUCGCCGCUCUUAGGAUCUGUUUCUGGCUUGCAUGUUGACACAGUGUGGGAGCUGACUUUUCGUAAAGCAAGAGCAGGAUACUUGUGGCCCACCAGAUGUUGUUGGAUUCCCCAUCAGCCCCAACUAGCAUGGCCAGCGGUCGAGGUGAUGGGAAUUGUAGUCCAAUAAUAUCUGGCAGUCUGCAGGUUCCCUAUGCCUGUUAGAGAAAGAGUGAUGCUGAUUAUAAAGGGUCAGAUCGCGCCAGGCUGAGAAGCCUGAACACUAUUCUCCCAUGACUUUGCUUCUUAACCACCUAUAUUCACUGCUCCUGCAUAGCCUAUGGUGGUGCUGUGCAAAUAGGAGAAAGCUAUUCUCCUGCUUUGAGGAGGGAACAUUGCAUGAUUUCAUGUACAGAAAAGCCUGCCUGCUAAGGAGGAGGAAACUGAGCAUGCAAUCACUAAAUAUUUCACUGGGUGCCAAAACAGUGCAUAUUAUUUCUGCUUUCAUAAACUGGUACGCGUGUGUAAGAGCCAUCUGAGCAAAAUCAGACGGCUUUAAAUGGGCACUGUCCAUUGAUGCAAUUAAACUUGCUGCUGCUGCUGCAGUAGUAGCCUAGAUCAUUUUUGCAGCCAUUGCUGUUACUUCAGUACUCUCAGUGCCUUAUAUUGAGGCUCUCCAUGUGGGUAUUGGUGAUGGACUAAAUACAUUGCUCAUCCGCUGAGGUACUCUUUUGAUACCAUCAGAGUUUGGGGUCAUUUUGAUUACAAUCAAUUGAUUACAAUCACACUUGCAUUGUAAACUAACACGCUCCUGUGUUUUAACUGGCUUGUAGCAUAGGCUACUACAGUAAGGGUUAUUUUUAAAAGACCUCUUACAUGCUUUUUAUUGCUUAUCUGCUGCUGAUGUUCCUGGGUUUGAUCGAAGCUGUCAUUUGCUGGCAGCUGAAUCCUUUUGGGGCUUAUUUUCAUUGGGAAUAAUGUUCUUUCUUUCCCAGAUCAGUGUGAGUCCCUUAAUUUUGACUGAUCUUUAAGAAGAACUUGAGCGAAUAGUUUGCACUUGUAAAAGUUGACUUCAUUUUAAAAUCAUCUUACUAUUUUAUCUAUGUUCGGUUUUGGGAAUACAUAAAAUUUCCAAAUGAGUAGUAGUCAACAAUUUACAAAGCCAAAUAGCAGUUCAUUUGGAUUUAAUUUCACCUGUUUACAGGAGGGGUGGAGGGAGAUAUGCUCUACAAAGGUUCUAGUCAGAUAAGGAUUUUAGUUAAACAAACUAAGUGGCAGCCAAAAUAUUAUGCAUUUUGUCACAGGGCCCUACAAAGAUACCGCCUUUUGCACACAAUAAUCUCAGUUGUAAAGAGAACUAAUUUAAAAUUAUAAUUUAAUCACUGGGAUUUAAUUAUACUUAAGCUUUAUGCAAACUGUUCAGUAUGAGCAUUAUUGUGUGUGAUCUCAAGGCUAUUACUUGUUAUAAUUGGAUACUGAACAAUUGUGUGCUAUUGUAUCUGUUAUAAAAGAGCAAAUACGGGUAUAAUAGAUCAUGAUUUUUGAUGGCUAUUUCCAAGAAUGCUAGGGACCAAUUGCUGUUUAAGUUAAAUUAGGGUAGUGCCAUCUAGUGAUAGUCUUCUAGAAUAGCUCAUUCUUUUAAAGACCAUGAUUGGUUUAUUUAUUUAUUUCUGUUGUUGCUGUGAUUUAACUAAUACAUGUUUUGGCUUGUGCACAUAGAUAGCUUGUUUUUUUAAAAUAAAAAAACAAGUAAAUAAGAAGAAGCAUAGCCAGGGUAGGAUUGAGGAUUAUAUGCAAGCCAAAAAUGGCUGAAAAUUUAUACAUUUGCAAAUCAGUUUAAUAAAUUCUCAAAAUUAAACUAGGGGAAACAAUGAACAGAAUAGGGACUAUCAAUGCAUCCCUAUAAUUCGAUUCCUUGAGUAUUUCAGGUUACAGAGCCUUUGUUCAGUGGAAUAUUUAGCAUCAAAUGUAGCUACCUGAAAAGGAGAAAGAUUCAGAUAUAUGUGUCAGGUUUUAUGAAGGUUCUUGGCUUUGAUCUCAAGAACCAAAACUCUGCAUGUUUAUUCAGAAGUCUCCUCUGUUUAAUGGGGCUUACUUUCCUAGUACUUAAGGAUCAGAAUCUGUCGUGCCUGUUCAAAUAUCGGUACCCUGUGGCUAUAUUUGGUACUAAAUAUUUGAAAUGGGUUUUUGGCUUAUUCACUGUUUUGAAGCAGUCAAUUUCUAUCAUCCCUUUUAUAGUCUUCUUUGCAUCCAGUAAAAGAUCUUCCUUCUUAUGGAGAGAGACCUAGACUAGAAUGCACAGAUGACUUAAUAUAUUUGAAUUAGCUUUAAAAAAAGUUAUACAGAAGAAAAUUUGCCAUAUAGAGAAGUAAACCCCCUCCCCCAAUCGAAACUGUAUAUAGUAUCAUGAUAUAGCUAAUUAUCUUGUAGAAAGACACAAGUUAGAAAAUUUGCUAUUACCAACUGCAGUUUGGAACUGCAGAAAGGACCAAACUCUUGGUCCCUGCUCAGUUUUUAAAAAGAAAACAAUAUAGGUUGGAACCAGACGGACAAUGCAGUUUUCAUUACUCAGAAGUAAGUACAAUUGAAUUUAAGGCAGCUUACGCCCCGGUAAGUGGAUACAAGAUUGCACCCAAAAUUAGUUCUCAUUUAUUUCAAUGGGACUUCAUGUUGGUCACAGCUAAUCUUUCAUGUUAAAUAUCAUUAAGUGUAAUUAAAAGAAAUGUUAUGAUGUAGGGAUAGUACACUUCCAACUAAAGAUAUGUAAGUAAGUGCUGGAAAUAUUUGAAGUAGAGGUUUGUUUGCUUUUUUAAAAGAUAAGUGAGGAGGUCUCAAAGUGGAAGCAUACUGGGAAAAGAGAAUGCAUAAGAUAAUUUUUUUUAAAAAAAAAUAACUACUUUUAGAUACAGGAGUGUUUCUUUUAACCAAACUAUAGUCGGUGUCUAAGGAAAAGGAAGUGUUUCCUCUUUAUGUAACUCCAACUACAAGUAAUAUUAGCCUGCUGGUGGUAAAAGAUGAUUUCUGAAGCUCAAGAGUGGAUGGCAAGUAUUGGCAUUUUUGAGGAGCACAAUAAAUAAUUUCGAAGAAAAUCGAUGUGUUAAUGGAUUGGACUCUGGUUUCAAGAUGUCCGCAACAGAAAGUGUUUUCACUUUAAUGUGAGAAAGGGGGCUUUAUAUCUGUGGUGUAAAUAAGAUCUGAAAUUGUCUGAAUUUCUGGAUUUAAAUUUAUUUUAAAAGCUAAAGAGAUGAUCCCAUCCUCUCUAGGUGUGGUGCCUAAAUAGGGAGGAUCCCAGUAAGUCUCAGUAGAGCUGUUUCCUACUCCCAUUUCCUAUGUGGUUAUAACUGGUACAAGGGACUGUUGGAAGAAUGGGAGGUUUGUCCUUUACCCAAUACAAUUUACAUGUGACCACGAGGAACUUGUGCUGAGUAAAGGGAACAGAUGGCUAGGGACAUGGGAGCCCUCAGUUCAUAUUAAUUGGCUCCCUCACUGGUUGAGUGCACAGGUGGUGAAGAGAAGAGGGAGAGCUGUACAGUGCUCUGCAGAGAUACUCUUGAGAAUGAGUGGACUGGAUUAUGCUCCUUCCAUUUACAUAUGACAAGCAGCCUCGUACCCAGCAGUGCUCAGGAAUUCUAAGAAAUCAAUGAAAUCAGUGUGGCUUUGAAAUUAGUGGUUGAAUUCCAUGCAGUUUUGUAAGGUUCAGUCCCAUCGUCUUGAUUCAAAAUGGCGUCCAGUUGAAUCCAAACGUAGGCGAAAACCUGUUCCUUGAUCUCAAGGAACAUCGUGCAAAAUUUGUUUGCGAUAUCUUAAGAGGCAUCCAACAGCAUGGCAAGCAAACAGCUUUCCAAAAUGUAUUGUAGAUGGGGAUAGAGUGCCCUCAGUUAUACUGCUAAUUCUAAUCUCUUCUUUGGCCAUCUUGAUAUGAGUAGUUCUGUUCUGUCUUUCUUGUUUGAAGUGGCACUUUGAAGUUUCUGUAAUAUAGCUAAGCUGUUGAUGGGAUUAAAGAUUUAACAGUGUGGGUCCUCAUAGACCUUUCAUGUAUUCUCAUGGUAACAGCCUAUGCUUUGCUAUGUUUCUUUUCCCCUUUAGAGAGCAUCAUCAUCCAUCAGUUACGCAUGAACUCAAGAUGAGAUGCCAUGCAAGCUCCAUCCUAUAUACUUGCACUUCUCCUCCACACCACUUGGUUGGAUCACUGCUGAAGCACCACCUCAUUCACUGUGAUCUUCCCUGCUACUGAUUGCUUGUGGAAGUAUUUUAGUCCUUCCAUCAGAAUCUGGCUUUUUGUGUGUGCAGAUCCAUUAAAAAAAUGUGUGACCUUUGGAAAUUAGGUGGAAAGAGAACGUCUUCUGUGCCAAUUUUACUCUUAAUUCUGCAAAGCCUUUGAAUCGUGUGCUUUUUGUUUGGUGUUUCCUACGUAAUUUAUUUUUAUAAUACAAUUUGUAAUGAAAGACAUUUUGUGGUUGGUUUUUUUUUUUUUUUGCCAAAUCUGACUUUGGUGGUCUGCGGCACAUUUGGUAGUAGAAUACACUGUCAAAGAUUUCAGAGUGCCGGUUUGUAUAUUUUUUAUUGGAGUUUAUAAAGAUGUUGACUUGACCUCAAUAAUGGCACCUUUUAGAGAACUUUGCCACGUUUCCUAGCCAUAAUGCGACUGUGAGAUUAAUUGCCCUAAAGACUGCUCUGUGGGAUAGUAUUAUAGUAUUUGUUUUUGUUUUUGCACUGCGCUGUGGUUUUAAUACAAAACUGAACACCAACAAACCAAAGUCUUGAAACAGUAUUAGACUGAAGAAUUGUUUUAAAAUGUUGUACGCUGAUUUCUAUUAUGCCAUGCUCAUAUACUAUGUGUUUUUACAUAUGUCUGUACCAAAAAGGUUCGUUUUUAAUUACACUGUAACAAAUAAACUUUCAUAAGUGUGCAACAGUAAUAUGGUGUUCCAAUUCUAACCCUAGUGUUAGAAAAGGGAGCUAAUGCUGAAACUUACUGAUCAUUCACAUUGGUUUUUAUGUUUGUUUCCUUGUGAACCAAACACUGAUCCGGUUAAUCCUGUGCACCCAAAGCCUUUUAAUUUCACUGCGCUCAAGCACACCUAACUCUGCAUUGUAUCAGGCUGCAGAUCAUUUACCAACUGCUUCACCAGUUGAAUCACAAGUUUGCGGCACAAAAUUUGGGAGCAUAAAACCUAGCCUUAUUUGACUGUGCUCCUCUAUACCUCAAUACUAUAUUCUAGAUGGAACACAAAAUUAGUACAGUUUCUCUGAGUCAACAACACUGGUGAAACGUUGUGGGAAUUGCAUGGGGAUCCUGUGGUAUCUGCAUUAUUAUUUUUUAAAAUGAUCCAUUUUUAAACAUGCCUUUCCACCGAGAUAUAAACCCUACAUUAUUAAACUACUUAUAGUUUCUAGUUCUGGUUUCAAAUUGUUACCAUAUUUGCAGACUUUCUGUGAUGCUGUAUAAUGAAUGUGAAAUUGUAUAUAGCUGCAAUAAGGAGAGUGUUGAUAGAAAGAAUAUUUGAACAGAUGGGUAUCAAUACUAUUUCACACCCGUACUGUGCAGAACACUGAAGACAUGUGAUUUAGGGGCUUCUAGACAGAACAGCCUGGGAAGUGUAAGGCAUAUUGAAUUGGUGCAUGUGGUACUCACAAACAGCUGGGGGGGGGCUAUUCCUCCAUUGUGUGCUAAUCAAUGCUACUCCAGAUGCACUAGCAAGGCGAGGGCAUUUGGUAUAAUUCAUAUUUAGCAACCAUCAACCCCUCUCAUGCUUUUGGUACCAGCCAGCAUGGAAAGCUAGACACUGUGUUAGCAAGGGAGAGAGGGUGUAAGCAAAAGGGGAGGGAAAGAUUUUGAUAAAAGCAGUAGUGAAUGAGGGUAAAGAAAGGUUAUCUGUUGACAUCAAGGGAUAGAAGCUGUGAUGACAUGAGGGGGAAAAGGAAGUAGGAGGAAGUUUGUGGCGAAGAAGGACUUUUGUUCAUUUAUAAAAUGCAGGGAAAGGGAAAGGAGCUCACCAUGACGAACAAAAAGUUCCAGACAUGGAGAAAUGGUAUGAGGGCAGGCACUGAGGUGUACUGUACAUUAGAUCAUAUAAAGAGAUGGAAUGGAAUUGCGGUACAAGUACGUUGCCAGGAUAUUUCUGCAAAGUACCCAAACCAAAACAACAGGUAAUAUUUAAACAGCAGGAAACCCAGGUUUGCCAGCAAGUGUACACUUGACAAAGAGCUGCAGCCAAUCAUGAUUGGCUGCUUGAGUGUAGCUGUGUAACAAUAUGAUUCACACUUCACAUUCUUAUGUGUACACCUAAAAAAAAUUUAGAUAUAUAAUAUGUGAAGUCAGUGGCCCUGUAGUUAACGUCUGUGAAAGUAAAUGCCAAUGAAACGAGGAAGACUUAGUUCCCCCUAAAGAAAAAGGACAAGCCAGGAGGAGGACAACAGGUGUGUUUGUUGUAGAAUUCAACUUCCUAGUGAGAUAAAUAAUCCAACCUGCCUGCCUUGAAAUUCCUACUUCAGGUUCCAGGUAGACUUCAGAAGCGUUUGGAUUUGUACAUAACGAGUUGUUUGUAAUUUUCUGUUCCUUUGAAAAUCAUAAACAUUAAAAACAAUCUCUCUGCAUGUA